AUGUGUGAUAGUGGAACCUACAAUGAAGUUCCGUCCGACAAGGAGCGGUUUGCCCUGCUGAACAAGGCAUAUGAACUAAGCGAGAUGUUUUGGGACUCGGAAGACCUGUAUAUGGACUCGGGGGACCUUCUCAGCCGGUACUUUGCGGCCUACCCGGAGAAGCGCAAGGACAUCUUCCUGGCGACCAAGUUUGGCAUCCAGCUGGCGUUUGCCCGUUGGCCUAAGCGUCUCGGCACCGACUACGUCGAUCUGUACUACGUGAACCGGCUAGACGGCAAGACGCCCAUCGAACAGACCAUGGCUGUGCUGGCCGAGUUUGUUCGAGCCGGCAAGAUCCGCCACAUCGGCCUCAGCACCUACAGCGUGUCGUCGCUGCGCCGCGCCCACACCGUCCACCCGUCCGCCUGCAUCCAGCUCGAGUACAGCGUGUUCUGCACGACCAUUGAGACCGACCCGACCGGGGACCUGCGGCGCACCCUCCUGGCGACGGCCCGCGAGCUCGGUGUCGCUGUCGCCGCCUACAGUCCGCUCGGCCGCGACAUCCUGACUGGCUCGGUGCGCGACAACGCGGACCUCAGCUUUGCCGAGACAUCGGAGCUGCAGGUGCCGGUGUGCAGGGCAGAAGCAUGA